AUGAAGGCUAGGCGUGAAGCAAAGCGACUCCGCAUGAAGUUCAACCGAUCACUGGAGAGCCCCAACUGCCCCGAUGUGGUCCUCAAGAAGGCCGCCGAUGGAAAGUAUGGCACAGCAGUUCUGAAGGAGUUGUUCCAGAUCUACAAGGAUUCCGGGUAUGAUUGGCUGAACUCGGAGCUGGUUAUUCAAGCUAAGCGCUUGCAGCAAACGGCCGUCACUGGGGCUCGUGCCUAUGCUAGCUUCAAGAGCCUUGUUCAGAAGCAUGGAGAAGACAAAGCCAAGCAGUUGAGAAACGAGAAGUAUGCCCUUCAGCGACUCGGCAACUACAUGCCGGACGUCCCUUGGCACAUGUCCCACCCAGACUUCGCUCGAGACGAGGAGGAGGAGCUCUUUCUGGUAUUUGACUCGGCCAAAGUCGAGAACUCCAAAACCGAUCAGCAAAGCCACAGCUUCAAGGCCGACAUGCAGUUGAGCGGCCCACAAACUUCGAUGAUCUUGCCAGCACUCAUGGAGCAGAUGCCGAAGGCACUGGAGCUUGGCACCCCCUGCAGCAGUGGGCUACCUGGGCAUAACCCAUCAGGUCAAGAGAACAACGACCCCAAUCGGAAGAAGCCUAAGCCCAAGCCUAACGGUGCGGGAAAGAAAACCGUGCCAGCGGCGCAAAUGGCUCAUGCGAAAAUGAAGGAUGCAAAAGCCUUGCUUACCGAUGCCAAGAUGUGGAUCCACAAAGUGGAUGAAGAACGCAAGAAAGUGCCCGAGGAGGCAACUGUGUCACCUGAGAUGUGCACUGGCUAUCGUCACCAGAUCGAUUUCCUGGUCGCUAACCUUACCGAGAAAAUCGCUGCCCUCGAGUCUAAGGUGGUUUGUGGAACAACUGAUGAGCAGGUGAUCAAGCCGAAGAUGGAGGAGGUCGCGAAGGCUAUGGAGAAGUAUCAAAAGGGGAUGACAAGCAUUC